UUACGUUAUUUUUCGCGGCAAAAAAAUAAUUGAUAAUAAUAAUAAUGCUACCUAUGAUAGUAGUAAUAUUAUUAUCGUUAUAAGUUAUAACUAAAUAUUUAUUUUUAAUUAGUUAUUUUACUAGCUGUUAAUAGUCUUAUUAUGUUGUGUACGUGUUAAUUAUUUAUGUAAGUUCUUUUAUAAACAAGGACAAACAUCCUCAAAUCGAAGAUAUAUCUAGAAAAAGGAAAAUAAACAGGCAAUUAUGGGAAGUAACAAGGAAAAAAACUGAAAGGUAUUGUAAUCCUGGUGCCCCAAAAUGUAAAAAAUGUGACCAUAAAUUGCAAAUUCAUGCAUUCAAAUGCAGUGAACUACAGCGUGUUGAUCAAAUAAAUUUCCAUAAAAACUUUUACAGCAAUAUAACUAAAAUACAACAAGAUUCAUAUAUACUUAAGUACACAUCGGGAAUAAAAUCAAAAGAAAAAGAACCUGGUGUACGUAAUGAAAUAAGAAAUUUGACAAUUAAAUAUUAUAUUCCAAAAAUGUUUUCAAAAAAACUAAUUCCAGUUUGCCGUGAUUUGUUUUUAUCAACCCUUUUGCUAUCAAAAAAUCGUGUACAGGGUGUAGUACGUAGAAAUUUCAUUUUUGGAACUAGUCCAACUGAAAAUAGGGGUGGCAAUAGAAAAACUAAUAUUUUUAUGGACAAAAGAAAUGGAGUUAUCACUUUUAUUAAAAAAAUUAAUGUUAUUGAAAGUCAUUAUUGUAGAAGUAAAUCAUCUAGUCGUGUGUAUAUAAGUAGUGAAUUAAAUAUUAAAAAAUUGUGGCGAAUUUAUAAUGAUGAAGCAGAGGAUUUAUUAAAAGUGAAAGAAAGUUACUUUCGCCAUAUUUUCUGUACAGAAUUUAAUAUAGGAUUUGGUACACCUAGUACAGACGCAUGUUCUACAUGCAUAAGCUUAUCAGAAAAAAUUAAACAUUCAGAUUGCAGUACAAAAAAAAAUGAAUUAAAAACAGAACUAAAAUUACACAAAUUAAAAGCCAAUGCAUUUUAUUCCAAAUUAAAAGAAAAUAAACAAGACUUGCUCAUUGUUUCAUUUGAUUGCCAAAAAAACCAACCAUUGCCUCGUGUUCCUGAUCAAGCUGCAUACUAUUCACGCCAGUUAUACAAGUAUAACCUGACCAUUAUAAUAGGUCAUUCAAAAUGUGCCUAUACUAAAGAUAAUGUUUUUAUUUAUCACUGGGAUGAAACUGAACAUGCCAAGGGUUCGAACGAAAUUUCAUCUGCUGUUUAUCAUUGCCUAUCAAAUUUAGUUAUUCCUACAUCAAUUAAAACUGUACGGUUAGUUGCUGAUGGCUGUGGAGGUCAAAACAAAAAUUCAACAAUGAUGGGCAUGGUAUCAACUUGGUUUCUGAAUUUAGCCCCUAUUCAUGUACAAAAUGUAGAAUUUGUUUUUCCAAUUGUAGGCCAUUCUUUUCUACCAGCAGAUAGGGUUUUUGCUAAUAUUGAAAAAAAAAUUAAAAGGAAAGAUGUUAUUACUAGUCCAGAUGAAUAUACAAAUUUAUUUUCAGACUUUGGUACUACAGUACCUUUAGCAGGAAUAGUACAUGACUGGAAGACAUCUGUACAGUCAGUUUUCAAACCUCCUGGCGGUUGGCAUUUUAGUUUUAAUUCAACAAAAAGAUUUUUGUUUAAAAAAAAUGUACAAAAAACUAAUGUUUUGAUAAAAGGUGAAGUAAGUUACCAAGUUGAAACUGGUGCGUAUAAAAAUGUAUGUAAGAAGGGAAAGACUGUGCAUAACAUUAAUAAUUUACAUUUAAGCGAAAUAUCUACUAGAAAUAUGAAAAUAAAUCCAUUGAAGUUAAGGGAUGUGGAUAAUUUACUGAAAAAACAUUAUGGUGACCAAUGGCAAACAUUAGAUUUUCUUAGGUUUUACAAAGACAAUAUAUUCAAAAAAUCUCAAUAAUUAAUAUUAGAUGAUGAAGAAUAUAUUACUAUGUGCUGUGAUGAAAAUAUGUGUGAUACUGAUCAAAACCUGAUGAUAUAAUAGUUAAAUUUAAUAUUAAAAUAAUAAAAAAUACUGUGAAAUUAUAAAUGAUGUGAUAUUAUAUUAUAAAAAGUAUUAUACUAAACAACAGUUUUUAUGUUCAUUGUUAUUUUAUGUUUUAUUCAAAUAAUUUUUUAAUA